UUCAGAAAUGUGGCUGUCUACCCUUUGCACACCUUAACAUUUAUGGCUGGAGCUGCGGAAUCUACAAAAUGACACUUCGCUCUUUUCCUGGCUUGAACCUAUUCCAGGAUUAAGGAAACUACAGGCACAGAGAACAGCCAAGUUCUGUGGUUUGACGGAGCAUGUUUCACCUCCUCGCCUACUGCUGGUCUUGGCUGCAGGCAAUCCAAGAACCGCUAAGAAAAGUGACUCUCCUUGUCCUCGGCCUAGACGGAGCAGGAAAAACUUCCGUAGUCAGAGAAAUCCAGAGAGUACUCUCCUGUGAAGUUCUCCCCACCACGAAGCCAAACCAGACAGACCUCAGAGUGGACAGGUUUGAGGUAUCCUUCAUCGACCCGGCUGGGGGGCAGCGAACCUGGAGGAACCACUACGGCAAAGCUCACGGGAUAAUCUUUGUGCUGGACUCUGGUGACGUGGAACAGAUGGAUGAACUCAAGAGGACCCUUACCCGUGUCUUGGGGUACCCCAAAGUUGCAGGAAAGCCUCUGCUACUGCUGGCCAACAAACAGGACAAGCUGGAUGCGCUCUUGCCCUGCGAGAUCAUCGAGUGCCUGUCUCUGGAGAAGCUCGUGAACGAAAGCAAGUCGCCGUGUCGCAUUGAACCCUGUUCAGCCGUCAAAAGGCUCCCCAAGACCCAGUGCUGGACCAUCGUUCAAGGGCUUCACUGGCUCUUGCACUCCAUUGCCCUGGACUAUGGGGCCCUGUGUGACCGCAUCCAGGAAGAUGGCCUUGAACUGCAAGUGUUACCAGAGCGGGAUGUAUCUCGGAAGGCACGGAGACCCCGGAGCAAGACCCGAGAAGACAGGGAGCCACCGGCCAAGAGGGAGAGCUCCCAAGACGGAAAUGCCAAGACAGAGACAAGCAAACCACCAAAGCACUUCCAGAACAUCCUUCCACAGAAAGAGGAAAGAACAACGGCCCCCAGGAAGAAAAAGAAGAAAGUAAAGCUCAAAAUGAAGAAGAAAGGUUUGGUGCAGUCAGACGGCACACUGGCUGAAGACGACAAAGGCAAAAUGGCAGCAGGCGGAAGCAAAGUCGGAGCCAUCGGUGGCCUCAUCCAGAACAACCGGGUUGCCCAAGAGAAUCCCAGAAUUCGGGAAACAUCAACUCCAGCAGGACAGAACACAAAGAAAAAAAAUAAAAUACUGAAAAAUAAAAUCAAAACCAAAGAGCAAACCGAGACCCGACCCAUUGAGAACCUGUCGAGCACUUUUGAAUUGUAUCGGAGAGCCAUGCUGGCUCUGAAAAUGCAACAAGAGGCGCAGAAGACUCAUUCAUCUAACUUUUCCUGAGCCAGUCAAUAACCUGAGGGCAGAAGUCUCAAGCUGGUACCAGCAGAGAUGAAGAGGAGAGACUAAGCACCUGAUCCGAAGAUGGACCGAAACAUCGUGUGGCAUUCAGAAGGGAGACACUGGUGUACAGCAGGCCAUCAGAUGCCUCAAAGCAAAACUCUGGGAGAGAAUGGGGAUGGCUCUGGGAAUUCCGCUUCCACAUCACCAGAAUCCAGUGCAAAUCUGCAGCCUCAUCCUUGGGAAAGUCUCUUCUGGAUUCAUUUGCAAAAAGGACAAAUCAUUUGGAUGCUUUGAAGCCAUUCCUUCCUUUGUGCCCCACUGGCACUGCCCCAGCAGGCACCCUUUUAGCAGCACAGUCUUCACGUC